AAGAGUGAUGCGGUUUUGGGGAAUUUGGGUUUCACGGUUUGUUUUAGGAAUUUUUUAGGGUUUACCAGAGAGCCGUGUUCACCAUCAACAAGAGCUAUUCAACAUUCGAAGUAACAAAUUUUCAUUUCAAAAUGUAUCCAGUAACAAAAAAAAAGAAGAAACAAAGGCAAGAUUUCUAUUAACCAGACUGCUUCAUCAUCACCACCACCACCAUCAUCUUCAUCAUCAAUAGUUGGUAGCAGCGUUGAUUUAUUACCACAGAUUCUAUUACAGUUUCCAUUAAAAUCUCUGGUUACAUCCAAACUUGUAUCCAAACAAUGGUGUUCACUCAUUUCUAAUCCAGAUUUCCUUCACAAACAUUUCCUUCAAAAUCCGUCUCGGUUAUCAGUCUCGGGCUUAUACUGGAUCAAUAACUAUUUGGUUCGGAGACAAUCCGUAUACGGUUACAUCAAUCUUGAUCGUGGAGAUGCGAAUGGUAAUUGUUAUGUCCCAUUUGAAACCCUAAGUUUUGCUAAAAUUGAUUUUUCUAUUAAUAUUGUUCAAUCUUGUAAUGGUCUGUUUCUUUGUAGUAGUUGCUCAUUUGAUAAUGAUAAAUGUAUUUAUUACAUUCUCAAUCCGUUCACCAAGCAAUACAGUGUCUUGCCUUGGUCGAAAUUGAGAAAAAGUGGGUUCAAUUUCACCAACAAUGUCGGUUUAGUUUAUGAUCCGCUGCGGUCACCAUAUUACAAAGUCAUAUGUAUGUGGAAUAACUGUGGAAGUCGUGCGAAGAAACGGAUAGAAAUUUACUCUUCCGAAACUUCGUCUUGGAAGCGCUGUGGAGAUGAGUAUAUGGUACCUUGUACAUUGGGAACUCGUAUGCCUGGUGUUUUCUGGAAUUGUUCACUGCAUUGGAUUGAUCACGUUGCAUCUCUGAUAUAUUUUGAUAUUGAUAGGGAAGUGAUUCGGGAAGUGUCUGGACCGUACCAGGAUAUUCGACGCUAUUUUGCAGACCACACAAUUAACAGUUUCGGUGAGUUUGGGGGACAUUUAUUUUGUAUUGAGGUUUCUAAUGAGGAGCGCUCGCACUUUAAAGUAUUGGAAAUGGACACUGCUUAUACUGGUUGGAAUGUGAAAUAUAGAGUGGACUUGGAAGGACUUAGAGAUUUGUAUCCGAGAUUGAGUUUUGAUUGCGGUUACAAUUUGAUAUCUUUCGAAGAAGAAAAAGAAGAUUCACCCAAAUUGGUACUACUGAUACAUGAGAGUGAAGUAGUUAUCUCAUAUGAUCUUGGAAGUAUGAGCUCUGUCAAAAUUGGUAAAGUAGCAUCACGGCCUUACAGAAAUAAGGGUGUACCAUAUCAAAGAGACUUCAGUUUUCAUAAGUUGAUGGGGACCAGAUCUUUCAAUGGAGAUGUUGCAAAGAGAAUACAUGAAUGGAGGCAAUUCAGAUUUCAGGCAAGAAAAAAACCAAGAUUCAGAUGAGUUCACCUUGCUAGGAAUCAUCUUCAGAAACCUGCAUAAGCCAUGAUCUUUUCCUAUAACAAGGCCUAAGCCUGCUUUUAUAGUGAGUCAAAAGCUGCAUUCAUAAACUGUAGUUUAAGUCUGCAUAGUAUUUGAGGCUUCCACAUGCUAGUGGUGUCAGCUUUGGCCGUUAGUGCCCUGUGGUCCAGUUGUAUGUUUAUGGCGGAACACUGGAGACAUUAUUUUGGCUAGGUUCAAUUUGGCGGAGUUUAGUACUCUUUAGACAUGUAUCAAUUACUGCACAAGUGACAAGUGUCAGCUCAAGAUCCUGUAGGAUCUCUCACACUAGUGUGUUCUUAAUGAGGCAAGGAGUAGAAACCAAUUAUCUAAUCAGGAUCUAAACUUUUCCGAUUCUUUAAUUUAUGAUGCAUCUUAUUGUAAAAACAAUAAAUUCUGGAACAGGGGAUUAGUGGUUAUUGUGGAUUUUAUAUUGACCAGUGUAAAAUGCAACAGCCUAGCUGAUGCAGAAAGUUUGGUUAGAAACCAGGCAUUUUUCAUGGGUUCCUGGAGAAUGGUUAAUGUGUUCUUUUCAGGAGAUAAAUAACAAAGAAGUGAACCAGUAUGGAAGGCAGGCAGACAGCGUAGGGUAUUUGUAGAACUAAACUAGUGUUUGGAGGUCUCAGUACAGCUCGUAGUAGUCAAGUUAUGUCAACUUAUGUCAAGUCAUAGUAUAACCUGAUGAGAAACCCCUCUUUUGUCGACAGGGGUACACCUGUGAAUGCUAACUGAACUUUGGAAAUUAUUGUCGCUGCUAGUUUUACAGAUCGUUUGCGGCAUUUCGGUAUGACCUGGUUUGCUUGUCUUUGAUCGCAUUUUGCUGAUACUCCUGCAAGUUCAAGGAUAGCUUUUGUUGAUUCCAGGCAUCAUGGUGUAUGUUGUCUCAUAGGCAGGCAAGAGCAGAUCUUUUCAUAGAGAAAUUGCAUCAAUGGAAUAAUUCAGAUUCCAAGCAAGACAAGAAAUUAGGUAUGUGCAGCUUUUCUGCAUGAUAUUUGUAUGCAAUCGUGCAAGAGAUUUUGGGUGAGGAAGCUGUUAAUUUGAAUCUGGCAGGCGGAGAGCUAAAAUAUUACUUCGGAAAAGGCCUGAACUUGGGCAACUGUAACAAAUGAACACUAGUUUGUAAUUAUCAAAACUAACAUGUAGAUAAGAGAACUUUGCAACUAA